AUGUCUGAACCACAAAGAAAAAGGAUGAAGAAGUCCAAGGACGACAAGAAAUUGAUUGUUGUACUGGAGAAUUGCCCACUGGAAACUGCUCAGGUGAGAUUUUGAUUGUUUUCUUGGAUUUUUAUUAGACGAAUGAGAAAAAAGUGUUCAAUCGUGCGUAUGAUUCCUGUUUAACCUUGCUGAAAGCACAUAUAAGUUGUUUUUUCUGUCUCCGAAUUUACUUUAUGCAAUGGAUAAUAUAUUUUUAUUCAAUUAUUUGUUCAUAGACUAAAUUACGUUUCUUAUAGGUUGGAAAAGAAUACGUGAUCCUCAGAAGUGACAAGCAUAUCCAGUUCAUCAGGAAACACGGCAAAGAUCCAGCAGAUUAUCGACCAGAUAUUCUCCAUCAGGUAUUUCGUUACUUUUUAUUUUGAAAUUUAGGUAGAAGAUGUAGUACAUUUUGAUUUUUAGUGUCUGCUCAUGCUCUUGGACAGUCCGUUGAACCGAGCGGGCCUUUUGCAAAUAUAUUUCCGCACUCAAAAGAAUGUUCUUGUUGAAGUUUCUCCUCAAUGUCGAUUGCCUCGUACAUUCGAUCGAUUUUGUGGGCUAAUGGGUAGGUUGAAGAUUUACAGUACAACUAACAUUCAAUUACUGCCGUUUUAGUCCAACUUUUACACAAGAUGCAGAUAAGAGCCGAAGAAAAUUCGACCAAAUUGUUGAGUGUGAUCAAGAAUCCAGUUACGGACCAUUUGCCCAUUGGCGUCCGCAAAUAUUUGACCACUUUCAACACGGAAUUCUUCCGGACUCCGAGGGAUUUUGCGCGUGAAAUCGACGAAGAAAAGCCGAAGGAACCUAUUUGUGUCGUGAUUGGUGGGAUUGCCAGAGGAUCCGUGAAGACGGAUUACACAGAAAGAGAUGUCAAGUUGUCCAAUUUCCCUUUGAGUGCCGCUUUGACUUGUGCCAAACUUACUUCGGCGUUCGAGGAGAUAUGGAAGGUCGAAGAGGGAGCUGUUUGA